CCUUUCAGUUUUUCAGUAGCUUGUCACUUUUGUAGCCGUUUGUAAAUUUAUUCCUAAGCUGAAAACUCCGGAUUUUGUAAAAGUAAAUUUCCAGUGUCAAUCCAUAAAAAAGAAAGCAAUGGAGGAACUAAUUGAAAUCGGAAACGCUUAUAUAAAUUCCAUUGGCCUGCCCAACGAAUUUAGCCGAUACUGGAGCCAUGUACAACAUGUUCUGUUGGACCAGGACGACAACGGACAGCCCCACAACCUGCCGGACGUGGAACUGGUGCCGCUGAAUACAGUCCGCCACCAGGAGUUUGAUCCUGUCCUCGCAGCGGGUGGAGAUGGCCCCCACAACCAUCCCCCUCCGAUGCACCAAAACAACGGAAUCUUGACCCCGGCCCUGAUCAUCUUCCGCUAUCGGAGGCUCCGUAUACCAUUCUUCAGCUUCGAGCGUCUGAUGCCUAUUGCUAUUCUGUUCUCCGGUGUUCUCUUUAGAAAGAUGCUCAUUCACUUUGGAAUCCAAAAUAACCAGGCAUUCCUUUUCGGUCUGUCCUACAAUACGCAUUUUUUGAUACUUCAAUGCAUUAUGAACUUUGCCACGCACUGGAUAAAGGACUUCCUAAGUGACUGAAUAGAGUUUGCAAAAUACAAACCUAUAUUUCAUACGAAAAC